GCCGAGUCUUGUGUUUUUCUUCUCACAUCUCUGCCUACCUGUUAAACAAAGUGGAAUACCAAGAUGUCGGAGGUUGAUUCUGCCAUCUGCAAAAUGAAAGAAGAGUGGUCAUGUGUAACUUAUGAUCUGCUGUCAAAUAUUGCAAAUAGGCUGGAACUGAUUGAUUUUACCUGUUUUCAUUGUGUUUGCAAAGAUUGGCGCUAUGCUACUGAACCUUUGCAUGAAGCUAUAUUUAGUGGAUGUGAUCCAUGGUUUCUGUUGUAUGGUGAAGAAGGUCCCCGUUGUUUGGUACUAAUUAACAAUGAUAAAGUCUACACUGUCCAAAUUCCAGAACUGGACAGGUCAACUUGCCUUGCGUCCUACGACGGAUGGCUGCUUGUCUUUCGCCAUGAUUCAUUGUUUUUCUUUUGCCCCUUCUCUGGAGCAAAAAUACAACUUCCGAAUUGUCCAUUGACAAAAUCACAUGACUAUAUUGCAGCAAUUUCAUCUGCUCCCACAUCUCAGGAUUGUAUUGUUGUCGUGCUCGAUCGCCCCAAUCAUUUUCAAUUUGAACUGCACACACUUUGUCGGGGAGAUGAUAUAUGGGUUAAAUACCAAUUCAAUCUCAAUGAACAUUUGUUUCCCUUAAAAAGAUGUGCAAUGUUUAUUGAAGGGGUGUUCAUCUAUGCCAGCAAUAAAGAUGUAUUUAUAUUCGACGUUGCUAAUACCAAACAAUGGAGCAAGUGUAGUUUAAGAUCUAUACAAGAUCAACCUGAUGAUGAAUCAGGAUUAAAAUUUAGAUUGAAGGAUCUAUUGUCAAAGAAAGCAAAAAAAGAAAAGAAGCAUAAAUCAAAGGAUCUGAAAAGGAAACUAGGAUAUGAUGAUAAUGUUGCAAUAGCUACAUGUGGGACAAUCUAUGAUGCUCAAAAUAUGGUGUGGGGUAAAUUCAUUCAUUCUGUUACAGGAUCUAAUAGUCGUCCUCUUAAAGGUGUAUGGAUCGUGCCGAGAGAUCAUAAACACCAAGAUCAAAUAUGGUAACUUGUUGGGGUCAUAUUUUUCACUCCUUAUAGAUUUAUAGUUAAGGAUUUGGGUAACUUAUUUAUUUUCUUGUAUGCCUUUAUUAUGAAAUUUAUGUAUUCUCUUCGUAUCUAAUUAUAA